AUGAAUCAUCCCCCCCUAACACCAACAUACAUUCUCCGCGGCCACGCAUCCGCCAUCCACAGCCUCCACAUUUUCCAGUCCAAUCUCCGUCUGAUCUCCGCGGACGCAGACGGAUGGAUCGUUGUCUGGGACUUGGUUUCGAAACGCCCCGUCGCGGUAUGGAAGGGUCAUGAGGGGGCGAUUCUUCAGGUCAGGGCGUUCUGGGUAGAUGGGGAGGGGGUGCAGGUUUAUAGCCACGGCCGAGACCAUAGACUUCGCAUGUGGAAGAUCCGACCACAAGACGAGGCGGUCAUGCAGAAGACUCUCCCUGUUGAUGUGCAAACAGAAUCAGGAACCCAGGGACAGAGCGGGAGCCAGCCAUGGAUGGUUCAUUCGCUACCGGUCAACGCGUUGAAUUUCUGUGCGUUUUCGAUCUUGUUCGUGGAUGGUCCUUUUCCCUCGUCUUUGGGGGAUGGCUCAAAUGAGGGACGCCGUGCGCGGACGCAUUCAGGAGUACACGAAGAAUUAGGGACAGACACAACACCUCCAGGCAGCGAGGAAGUACCCCCUACUACUUCUACAGAUAAAGCCGUUACUCGUCUCCUAGCGGCCCCAAACGCCCUCGACUCCGGCGCAGUGGACAUCUUCCAUCUCCCGCUCGAACGACGAGUCUGUACGAUUCCGCCCCCAGCAGGCAUCAAGCCCGGGAUGGUGAUGGCCGUGGAGCUAUUUAGGGAUUCCACGAAAGGCGACGUCAACGUAGCGUCCGGCUAUGAGGACGGACACGUGAUGGUGUUCAGAUGUCGCGGGGUUCUAAAAGAUCGAGACACGAGUACAGAGCCGUGGAAUCGAAAAUGGGACUGGGAAACGCUAUAUGUAUCGCGCAUUCACACGCAACCGGCAUUGUCGAUCGAUGUCUCAAAGACAGGGGGAUAUGUUCUCUCAUCGGGGGCGGAUGCGAUGCUUGUGAAAUAUCCUGUUCCCGGGCGGGAUGGUGCUGGUACUAUUGCCGGUGCUGCUGGAGAACCCUCCGAGAGAGCGCUCAAGACGGUGAACACGAAACAUGCAGGCCAGCAGGGUCUUCGGAUCCGGGAUGACGGAAAGAUCUUCGCUACGGCGGGGUGGGAUUCCAGGGUGCGGGUGUAUUCGUGCAAGACGAUGAAGGAGGUGGCUGUUUUGAAAUGGCAUAAAGACGGGUGUUAUGCGGUGGCGUUUGCGCAUGUCGAGGCCGCUAGCGCUCUAGAUCGUUCUAGGGAGCAGAUAUCAGAGUCGGAGGCAGGGAUACAGAGUGACGACAACAUUUCCACAGGUGAACUGAUCAAACGCACAGAAUUCUCCCUUGCGACUGUCCAGCAGCAGAGAAAUCAGAAAGUACAGAAAACACACUGGUUAGCGGCCGGGUCUAAAGAUGGGAAGAUCUCAUUAUGGGACAUCUAUUGA